UGCGCCCAUGAUGAUUUGGAUACCCUUCUGAGUGUCGAGCAUAUUUAUUCAUUUUAGUAAUAUAUAUAGAUAUAAAUAUUUUCUGAAUUACGUAUCGUUUUAAACAUGCUUUUCUUUGUACUUAGCACUAGUAGCUUGAAAUGCAGUACCAGGGCGCCGUUGCGCUGCUUCAAUUCUCGGCUAAUAAAAGCAGGAGAUUUAAGCAGGAACAAACGACCAAUUACACACUGGACUCAAGUUUACAAUGCACGUAGCUCUGCCAGCAAGACCAGCGAUGCCAUUGUCCGUCUCUGGGGUCAGGUGCAGAGAGCACUCAGACAAUCUACCGGACGAGCCUCCAAAUUCUCAAGGGUCACACUGGGAUUUGUUGUAGGACCUGCUGCCCUAACUGUCACCACUCGGCUGUUCUCCAGCGUUGCCUACUGCCAGGCAGACCUCAAUAACAAUGACCCAGUACAAGUAGAAGACAAAUCUAAAGAGUCUCCACCAGAGUUCAACUGGGCUCUUCUAUGGGAGUUUGUCAGGCCCCAAAUCUUUGCUCUUAUAGGUGCAAUUGUGCUUGCUUUCGGGGCAGCCUUCCUGAACAUUCACAUCCCUUUGAUGCUGGGUGAAUUGGUGAAUGUGGUGGCCCAGUACAUGAGAGAGCAUGCUGGGAACUACGUCCGAGAGGUUAAAGGGCCUGCCGUAAAACUUCUGGGACUCUACGGGUUACAGGGCUUGUUGACCAGUGGUUACAUAAUCCUUCUCUCCAGGGUAGGAGAGAGAGUUGCGGCGGACAUGAGAAAAAGCCUCUUCCUUUCCUUGCUCAGGCAAGAUGUUGCGUUCUUUGAUGCCCACAAGACUGGACUGCUGGUGAACCGCUUGACUGCUGAUAUUCAGGAGUUUAAGUCUUCAUUUAAACUGGUUGUUUCUCAGGGUUUGCGAAGCAUCACCCAGACGGUGGGAUGCUUCGUGUCACUCUACCUCAUCUCUCCGAAGCUCACUGGCCUGAUGGUGGUGGUCAUGCCCUGCCUGGUGGGGACAGGGGCUCUCAUUGGCUCCUUCCUGCGGCGGCUCUCCCGGAAGGCUCAGGAGCAGGUUGCCAUAGCCACAGGAGUGGCAGACGAGGCACUGGGCAAUGUACGUACAGUGAGAGCCUUCGCCAUGGAGGACCGGGAGAUGCAGAUGUAUUCCUCUGAGGUGAAUAAGUCAUGUGACCUGAAUGAAACUCUCGGAACAGGAAUUGCAGUUUUCCAAGGCCUGUCUAACAUUGCACUUAACUGCAUUGUGUUGGGCACCAUUUUUGCCGGAGGACACUUGAUGGCUGGCAAUGAGCUGUCUCCCGGGGACCUCAUGUCUUUUAUGGUGGCUUCACAAACCGUGCAGAGGUCCAUGGCCAGUAUUUCUAUCCUGUUUGGACAAAUGGUUAGAGGCCUCAGUGCUGGGGCCCGUGUGUUUGAAUACCUGUCCUUGGAGCCUACCAUUCCAAUUUCGGGGGGAGGCAGGAUUCCCUUCGACUCCUUAAUUGGCAGAGUGGACUUCAUGAACAUCUCCUUCAGUUACCCAACAAGGCCUGGGCAUCACAUUUUGAAGAACUUCAGCCUCACCUUGCCUCCUUGUAAGACCGUUGCCAUCGUUGGGGCAUCUGGAGGAGGUAAAUCCACUGUGGCCGCCUUGCUGGAACGCUUCUACGACCCCGGCAGUGGGGUGGUAAUGCUGGACGGGCUGGAUGUUCGAACCCUUGACCCCUCCUGGCUCAGAGGGAAGGUCAUUGGGUUCAUCAACCAGGAGCCAGUCCUGUUCAGCACGUCCGUGAUGGAGAACAUUCGUUUCGGCAAGCCGGAGGCGACUGACGCUGAGGUCAUCACUGCCGCUAAGCAUGCCAACGCACACCAAUUCAUCACUGGCUUUCCCGACGGUUACAACACCAUGGUCGGCGAGCGUGGGGUAACUCUUUCAGGAGGCCAGAAGCAGCGCAUCGCCAUCGCCCGGGCCCUGAUCAAGAACCCCAGAAUCCUGGUUCUGGAUGAGGCCACCAGUGCCCUGGAUGCCGAGUCGGAGCGGGUAGUGCAGGAGGCCCUGGACCGGGCGAGCACGGGCCGCACUGUCCUCAUCAUCGCCCACCGCCUCAGCACCAUCAUGGGGGCUGAUCUCAUCUGCGUGAUCAGCAACGGCCGUAUCGCAGAGGCUGGAACACACGUGGAUCUUCUGAAUAAAGGAGGUCUCUAUGCAGAUCUAAUCCAGAGACAGAGAACAGAGGAGGAAAAAUAAACACACCACCUUACUACAAAUACUGUGGACUGUUGUCAGUCAAGAGCAGAAUCACUCCCAGUAUUAAUCAUGACCAAAGUAAUAGUUUAGCCGAGCCAACAGGGCAGUUUAUUACAAUAAUACAUUUUAGUUGAGUCUCAGAAUAUAUAUUUAAUCAAAUUACUGUUCUAUUCAUUUGUGAAUAUAGAUAUUAUUUUAAUGAAUUGGUCAGUGACUGAGGAUUGUUCAAAUACAUAAAAGUAUCUGUAUGUUUUACCAACAUAAUUUUUACUUGGAAGUUGCCUUUAGUUUACAGUGUGUGAGUUUUUCGUUGACAGGUUGGGAAGUAAUUACUUAACAGUAAAUAAAGAAUAUAGCAAUGAUGUGAAUGAAUAAUUGUGAAUGAAUAAAUAAUCAUGGCUUGUAUUUUUGCUGGAAAAUGAUGUAAUAGAAAAUCAACUUAGUUUCAGGAAUGAAUUACAUAAGUAAUUUAUGGUAAAUGUGCUAAUUUAUGUAACAAACACUCAAAGCAUUAAUUCAUUUGCAUUAUAGUGGUGCUCUGUAUGGAUGGUUAAAUGUAUCUCUCUGGAAUUAGCUAUCUAAAUUAAAAGUAGUGACUAAUAUUUUAUGUUUUAAAUACUGUAAUUGGAACUAAUUUUUAAUGCAUUGCAGAAGGUCUGAAAUGUUAAAUAAAUAUUUCUAUAUUUAA